CUAGCUGCAAAUAUUUGAACUUUGGAAGAAACUGAGACCUUCAGACCUUCAAUGUUACAACUUACCUACCUACAUGAACACUGCACGGUACAUACAUCAACGAUCAUUCUAAACACUGCAUACAGUACGCAGAUUGACUAACGGCAAAGCUUUCAGUGACUCAUGCCGGCAAGCUCACAAGCACUUGUCCACCGAACACAGCCUCUUCAUCCACUAAAGCUUGACGUACCUAACUCGUCCGAACCACACAACGCAGAAGAAGGUCCAAGUUACUCGUGAUAUAAAUUACUUGGUACUCUUCUUGCCUAUUGUUGAUAUUUUUUUCGGAUACCGCAGUCACAGGUGGAAACAGAGUUUUGUCGUAACCAAUCAAUGUCACCGUCUUGCCACAGGGUUUAUAGAGCAUCCUGCACUAUCAACCGUCAACUCAUUCUCCCCCUCACCCGUCUACCCCGUACUUCACCUCUACAUCUGAGACAUCAUACACUACAAAGGAGCCUCACUGGACCCCAGCAGAGGGUUCAGUUUAGAGCUAUUCGCCAAGUCAAAUCCUCAUCUAUUUUGCAACGCCAAAGCUACGCAACUAUGGAGUCUGGAAUACCAUAUCGUGAGCAAGACCCCCAGGAGGUAGCAAACCUCGUCCGAGACCUGGGAAACAAGACCGUCAAGACCAGGAAGACCACUUACGAGGUCAAGGGAUCAGACGGUAUCACCGUCGAUUCUUGGCGUUACAACGAUUGGGAUUACAAGAAACGCAAUUUACCUACCUAUGCCCGAGGUCUAUUCACAACAAGGAAUCGCAACGGUCAUCACGAGAUUGUAGUGAGGGGCUAUGACAAGUUCUUCAAUACAGGCGAGGUCCGGGAAACCGAAUGGGCGAAUAUCCUGACCAACACCAAAGGCCCGUACGAACUGACUCUAAAGGAGAAUGGCUGCAUUAUAUUCAUCAGCGGCCUUGAAGACGAGACUCUCCUCGUGUGCAGCAAGCACGCUACAGGGGACCGUAGCGAUGUCGAGAUCAGUCACGCAAGUGCUGGUGAGAGAUGGGUCGACAAGCAACUAGCUACUCUCGGCAAGACCAGACAAGACUUCGCACGGGAAUUGAGACGUAGAAACGUGACCGCCGUAGCCGAACUCUGCGACGAUUCUUUUGAAGAGCACAUUCUCGCAUACGGUCCAGAGAAGGCCGGCCUUUACCUUCACGGCAUUAAUGUCAACGUACCUGAGUUCAUGACCUACUCUAGUAGUCGUGUCCAACAGUUUGCCGAUGAAUGGGGCUUCCGUAAGGUUGGACUUCAGACAUACGAUAACGUCAAUGAUGUGAAGACUUUCUUGGAGAGUGUUGCAGAGACAGGGGCUCAUGAAGGCCGAGACGUUGAGGGAUUUGUCGUCCGCUGCAAAAUGUCCACUAACCCAGGACAGGAACCCUAUAAUGAUUGGUUUUUCAAGUACAAAUUUGAAGAACCGUACUUGUUGUACCGGCAAUGGCGAGAGUGCACCAAGGCCUUGAUCGCCGGAAAACCUCCCAAAUUCAAGAAACACGUUAAGAUUACGGAAGAGUACCUUUCGUACGCACGUAAAAGGCUCAGUGGCGACUCUAAUUUAGGGAAGGAAUACAACAAGAACCACGGCAUCAUCGCCCUUCGUGAUGAUUUCUUAGCAUACAAGCAUAUGAAGGGUUCGGACGCGGCUAACAUCGAGAACGAAUUUGGAAAUAACGAAUCAGGAUCCGUUUCUCGGGAUAUUGUCCUUGUUCCUAUUGCUACCAUUGGUUGCGGCAAGACCACAGUUGGCAUCGCCCUGACCCAUCUUUUUGGCUGGGGCAUAGUCCAGAAUGACAACAUCCAGGGAAAGCAACGCCCUGCUCAGAUGGUCAAGGCCGUUAAGAUGCUCCUACCAGAACAUCCUGUCGUCAUUGCCGACCGAAACAACUCGGAACGCCGAGAACGAGCUCAGAUCAUCAAAGACAUCCAGUUUCAAAAUAAGGAUGCACGACUAGUGGCUCUAAAUUUUGCCCAUGGUGAUAUCGACGAGACUAGGAGAAUUACUAGAGAACGAGUGUUAAAACGAGGAGAUAACCAUCAGACUAUCCAAGCCGCUUCGGACGAGGCCAAGGUGAUUGGGAUCAUGGAGAAUUUUAUCCAGAGAUUCCAGCCCUGCGACCCUGAGAGCGAUCCAGAUAAUGGCUUCGAUCUAGUCAUCGACCUAGAUCCUACUCAGGAUAGCCGUGCCAAUGUGGAGACGGUGGUCAGGGAAUUACAUCGGAAGUACCCAGCGUUGAUCACGAAGUUUCCAAGCGAUGAAGAGAUGGACGAGGCUGUCAAGGCUGCAAUCGAGAAUUAUAAACCGGAUCUGAGGCACAACAUCCCUGACCGAAAUAAAGGACGGGAUAAGAAACAGAACCAGCAAGCUAAGAAUCAGGAGCCACAGGCCCCUAAGAAGAAGGCUUUGGAAUACAUGUCCAUAUCUGUUCCCGCUAAGGAUAUCAAUGUGGCUCUCGAGGCAGCGUUUAAGGGCACUGACCCCCAAACCCAACGAUUUUAUAAGCAAUUACAGCAGACCCGACGUAUUCAACCGCUUUUCCAUGUGACGCUGAUGCACCGCGCCUCAGCCAAGGAACACCCGGAGCUUUGGCAACGAUAUACGGCACUAGAAGUCGAGAGCCAGAGCCAGGAUGGGAAGAUUAGUGAAUGCGACGUCCAACUAGAGCGUGUGGUAUACGACAAUCGCAUCAUGGCCGUGGUCGUGCGAAUUCUUGACGAGGAACAGAAGUGGACUUGUGUUAACAAGGUGCCUCAUAUCACGAUCGGCACGCGCGAUGAUAGCGUCAAGCCCAAGGAAAGCAACGAUCUGCUUGCGAAAUGGCUCCAGGAUGGCAGCGGAGGUGACACAGGUAUUGGGGAGAGAUUGAUAGAGGGCCAGACCGUGGUGAAGGGUAGCGUACGCGGCGUGCUGUCGAGAUAGGAAGCCGUUCAGCCAGAGCCGCAACCGUCGUCCGAAGGCCACGAAGGUGAAGGUCCCCCUCGGGGUGGCAGGGGUGGAAGAGGAGGAUCCCGCGGAAGGGGUCGAGGUAGAGGCAGAGGUGGAAACAGAGGUGGAAACAGAGGUGGAAACAGAGGUGGAAACAGAGGUGGAGAUCAAGGCGGAAGAGGAGGUGGCAAUGUGAAUGGAGACAAAGGUAAUCAGGAUGGUACAAGAGAUACGAAAGGUAGAGGUGGUGGUGAUAGAGGUGGUAGGGGUGAUCAAGGUGGUAGGGGUGAUCAAGGUCGAGGUAGAGGCGGAAGAAACAGAGGUCGCGGAGGAUACAGAGGCGGUAAAGGACCAAGUGGAGCGGACGACAGAGCUCAAGAGAGCAGAGCCCAAGAGAGCAAAGCCCAGGAGAACAGAGACCAAGGAGUCGCAAAUCAAGGCGAGAAACGUUCAAAACGUGUGUUGACUGCCGAAGAACGCAACGACUCAAUACUGGCAUGGCGAGAAGGAGUUGAGAAGUAGGCAAUUACCAUAUAUAUACUUGGUUAUCCUAACCCUGUCAUCGCAAACGCUAUAUUAGCUUAAGGCUAUCUGAAGAUAGUCGGCGACGAUUCUACUAUAUCAUAAAUAGUAGCUAACAAAAGGCGCACAAAUUAAGAAACUGUUAUUAUAUA